CAGAGUUACCGUCAAGAACACAUCCACCUCAAAGACAUCAUGUUCCCCUUCAGUCUACUUCUCACCGUGCUUCUCGUCCCUUUCCUACCCUCUGCAUUCUCAGUUCUCACCCCUGAAAAUGUCGAAAUCUCAGCUUCAUUCCCUUUGGAGAAUCAAUUUGGAAUCGUCUUCAAUGGUCAACCUAAUAAAAUGAUACUUAAAUUACAGAAUCACGGAAAGGACCCAGUUGCUGACGUCUUGAGGAUUCAUUCAGUUUGGAAUGAGUUUAGAGAAUUAGGUGGAAAGGAAAAAUUGUUAAGAAAGGGAAACCCAACUCCCUCAAAAAGAACUCUCCCACCAAACACUCAAGCUUAUAGUAUACCUUAUCACUUUAGCGCUGAACAAAGAGAAGGAAAUUUAAAUCUCAAGAUUUGGGUUGAAUGGUCUGCUGUUAAUUCUCGUAAAAAAGAACGUUCAUUGGCUUAUGAUUCUACGGUGACUAUCACUGAGCCACCUACUAGAUGGUUUGAUCCUCAAUUAAUCCUUCUUUAUGUCAUCAUCUUAUCGACCGUUGGCGGAAUAGGCUACAUGGUGUUGAAUUCAUACUCAUCUAACGCAGCUGGUCGACGAGGCAAAAGUAAUGAAAAAGCUCGAAACCCUGUAGAAGCGAUUUCGAAUGCUCCUAAGAUUUCAACUCCAACUGGUGGUCGAUAUGAAGCGGAUUGGAUUCCUCCUACUCAUUCACAACGUCCAGGUUCUAAGAAAUCAGGAUCUUAUAUCGCAGCUUCAUCUGGUGCUGAAAGUGCAGGUGAAGAUAAUUUAAGUGGAACGGAUUCUAAGGCUCGAAGGAGGAAACGCUGAAACCCGGAAAUCAAAUUAUCAUUGCAAUCAAGAACCUAAAAACAAAAUAACAAGACCUAUGAAUUCUUUACAAACAAAAUUAUCGUGUGCUUUGUGGUACAGCUUGUGUGUAUCCUUUGAGCACAUCACAGGCAGAACCAGUCAGCAAGAACUCUAUCAUUUUUUAUCUCCUUCGGUUAUCGUAUAGAUGCUUGUAUUUGCACAGACCUUGUACGUCAGAUAUACAAUGUGGAUGAAUUUUGGGAAAGAAGUGAUAUGACGGUGGUGUCUCCAUGAUUGAAAAACAUUGCUCUUAAUGAGCUUCGCAAUGAAGCUUCAAGGGGUGGAUAUCGUUCAAACC